CUUUUACACAGCCAUAGCAACGUCAUCAAACCUGGCCGCUAUUCCAUGGCGCUGUUUGUCCACACGUGGUUGGAAGCAAAUAUUGGAAGAUCUUUGUUUCACUUGCAAGUCAUCUUUACAUUUUUUUAGAAUUGCUGAGAAAGUGAAGAAACUUGGGCUUGUAGAAGAAACAGGAGCUCAAACGCAGUCUGGAUGAAAUGACGCAUGUACAAGAUGAGAGAAAAAAGCCAAAGAAAGGCAAGAAGAGAAAGGCUAAUGAUGAGGACCCCAAAGCAGCUGUUCCUGAAUCGGAUCUGGUGACGCCACAGAACGAUGAAACAAACACACUCGCUGCUACAGGGAGAGCAAAAAAGAAAGCGAUGAUGAAAAAGAAAAGUAAAGCUGAGAGUACUGGAGAUAUGAACACCUCACAGCAGCAGAAACCAUCUGGAGCGGAGGAUGAAAACGGCUCAGAUGGUGAGGAAGAUCUGAGUCCUGAGGAGAAACGAGUGCUGGAGAGAAAGAUGAAGAAGAUUCUGAAAAAGGAGGAGAAGAAGAAACUGAAGGAAGAAGGCAAAAGCAUAAAAAAAGACAAAGUCCAGUCAAAUCUUGCAGAGAAGAAGGCGCUGGAAUACCUCACGUGCUGGUCUGAGAGACGGGAGGAGUGGAAGUUUCACAAAAGCAGGCAAAUAUGGUUACUGCAGCACAUGUAUGACACCACAAAGGUGACUGAUGAUCAUUUCAAAGGGUUGCUGACGUAUCUUGAAGGUCUGCGCGGAGCGUCGCGAGGCAUCACAUUGCAGAAAGCUGAAGCCAUUGUGCGCUGGGAAGGACAAGGAGAAGAGGAAGACACAGCGGAUGCUGAAAAGAAAAAACAGAGAGCCAAACUCUUUUCUUUUUUCAUUCUCAAUUUCAACUGUUUUUCUCUGCAUAUGCAUGCAUUUCUCUCUCUAUUUCAGGUGACUGAUGAUCAUUUCAAAGGGUUGCUGACGUAUCUUAAAGGUCUGCGCGGAGCGUCGCGAGGCAUCACAUUGCAGAAAGCUGAAGCCAUUGUGCGCUGGGAAGGACAAGGAGAAGAGGAAGACACAGCGGAUGCUGAAAAGAAAAAACAUGAUUUUUUUCCACUGUAG